AUGUUAGGACCCUCUGCAGAUGGUGGAUCAGAUUUAAGACCAAAAGGAAGAGGACGACCUCAGAGAAUUUUGUUAGGAGUUUGGCCUGAUGAACAUAUACGAGGUGUAAUCAGAGCAGUUGUUUUUAGAGACUCACAUCAAAUUAAGGAAGAACCCCAUAUGACUACAUAUCCUAGAUUACAUGACGGCGUAACUAUUUCAAAUUAUCAAAACCAGAAUUCCUGCAGCAAUGGCUCCGACCCGAACGUAUCCCCCGGAGCAGCAGCGGCUGCUGCCGUAGCAGCUGUAGCCCAAGGUCUUAGACAGCAAAUGUGCAGCAUGGUAGCUGCGGCACACAACCAAAGUACAGCACACGACACCAAUCCUGUAGCUAGUUUGGUAAACUCUUUAGCAUUAGCAGGACAUUGCGGCAAUAUGUCAAUGCCUCCAAGCAAUGGAGCCCCUCCGAUGAGUUUGAGUCACUUAGCAUCAAUGAGAAAUAUGGGCAGCCCAGCAGGUAGUAUUCAAGAUUUGAGGAUAAGUCCAGCAGAAUCAGCCAUGGAAAGUCCGAUUUCUUCGCCGUUGGGCUUGACUGUGUCCAGCUCGAUGGAACCCUCGAUUAAUAUGAAUAUAGGAAACAGUAUGGACGUUGGAAUAGGUGUAUCAGGAAUGACCUAUAAGCCCGCCAGAUCAUUCACAUCACCUCGUCCAGAGAAUCUCUUCCAAGAAGACAUUGACGAUUUGGUCAAGCCAAUGCAUACUUCCACACCGCACCCUAAAGACACAAUGGCGACGAUCAAAAUGGAACCCUUAGCAGAAUGUCGUGGCGAAUGA